GUUAUUGAACCGACAUUUGUCCGCUGGAGAUUCGCUGUUGAUCCAGAAGCGACAGAGAAGAUGAGACUGCUGUGGAGGACCCUCAGGUUGCACCGAGCGCCUGUGAGGAGAGCGUCCUCAGUCCCUGCAGGUUUGGUGAACUUCGUCCCCGCCUGCAGCGACACUGACGCCCACUCACGGGACCUACUGCAGGACUUUGUCUCCCGAGCCGCUCGCCUGUUCGUCAUCACCGGAGCCGGCCUCUCCACCGAGUCGGGCAUCCCUGACUAUCGCUCGGAGGGAGUUGGACUGUACGCCCGCACCAGCAGACGACCCAUGGAGCAUUCAGAGUUUGUCCGCAGCGCAAAGUCACGACAGCGCUACUGGGCCAGGAACUUUGUCGGGUGGCCGCAGUUCUCCUCCCAUCUGCCCAACCCUGCUCACAGGGUUCUGCAGCGGUGGGAGGAGAGCGGGAAGCUGCACUGGCUGGUCACACAAAACGUGGACGCUCUUCACUCAAAGGUCGGACAGAAAAGACUGACCGAGCUCCAUGGCUGCACCCACAGGGUGAUGUGCCUCGGCUGUGGUUCCAUCUCGGCCAGGGAGGAGCUCCAGAGACGGUUCCUAUCAUUAAACCCAGACUGGGCAGCUCAGGCCGGCGCCUCGGCUCCGGACGGUGACGUCUUCCUGGAGGACGAGCAGGUCCUAAAUUUCCGGGUUCCCUCCUGCAGCGAGUGUGGAGGAAUACUGAAACCUGAGGUCACGUUUUUUGGAGAUACUGUGAAUAAGGGGACAGUACAGUUUGUACACGACAGACUGGCCGAGUCGGACGCGGUGCUCGUGGUGGGGUCCUCGUUACAGGUUUACUCAGGAUACAGGUUCCUACUGGCAGCAAGUGACAGGAAAAUACCGGUCGCCAUCCUGAACAUCGGACCCACGAGAGCCGACCACCUGGCUGAGCUGAAAGUGAGGGGCCGCUGUGCUGAAGUGCUGACGGUCAUCCAGCCCCACUGACCCUCAUGGACAUCUCGUUUAAAUAUUCUGUAUUCAGGCUGCAAAAACUACAAACUACCUCAGCUAACCAGACGACAACAAAAUCAACUUGAGGUUGAUGCUCUCAGCUGUUUGAAACUUGUUUUGUGAAAGGCAAAAGGAGCCAGAGUCGUAUUCACAUCUCUGCUAGAGGUUAAAACUGGUGUACACUCACAUGUUCUUUGCAAAACAACUAAAUAUUAAUAUGAUGAAUGUCCUUCAUAGGAAAGAAAAGUGCUGUCUUUGGAAUUCAACAUCUCUGCACUCGAUGGAUCAAUAUUUUGUCUCUGGAUACUUUAAAGUAAUCUGAUGGUGCUUUCAUUUUGCGAAAUCAACCCGAACUGACCUGUUAUUGUUAAAUAAAUAAAAAACAAGCAAUCUGUUGUGCAAGUUGUUACAUAAAGCCAUUAAUUCAUGUAGCAGAUACGGUUCAACGGGUGGUUAAAUGGUUUUAUUUGUGUUAUCAUAGAAUGGACUGGGAUCUUGUUUCGAUAUGUGGUGCUGAGUCAUUUAGAAUGUUAACAUAAUAAAGAGAAUGUACCUUUUUUCUGCUUGUAAAACAAGUUACAAGCAUUUGGAUGGAAACAUUCUGUUCAACAAUCUUGUUUCAACCUAAAUCAUAUCCACGUUUU